AUGGAGGAGCGACUACGGGCCCAGGUGCCGACUGUGGCAGCUGCCUUUCGGGACUCCUGUCAACUCGCCAGCGACAGUCUGUUCGAAGCUCCCGGCUUCGCCAUGCCCGCGACGCCGCGUGAUGGCCAGCAUCCGGGGCAGUACAUAAAAUACAGUCAGGUCGAGUCUUUCCUGGCGAUGGCGGAGCAGGCGCUGCGGGCGCGUGACCGGGCUGUGGAUGCUCUUCGGGACGAAACCGCUGCCCUGAUGUCGGACUUGGACAAUGUCCGGGGAGAGAAGAGCAAGGUGGAGGUGGCAGAGUCUGUGGCGGUUGAGGAGGCCCAGCAGUUGUCGAGCCUGGUGCAGCAGCUGCACGCCGAGAAGGCCGCCAUGCAGGCGGCGAUGCAGAAGCUGCAGCGAGAAUCGCAGUACCUGACGGACGAGAACGCCCUGCUCCGAAACCAGUUGACCAUGGCCAUGAAUGAGCAAGCCAGCGGCGACAUGGACCAGAACGUCAGUCCCCUGGGUCCACACACCGCCCUGAUCGCCCACCUGACCGACACGCUGAGCGUGGAGCAGGAUCGGGCGACCCAGGUGGACAACGAGAACAUGCUGCUCCGGGCGCGGGUGGCCGCCCUGGAGAAGGCCGGCCUGGCCCAGCAGAGCGCGCUGGUCAGCUGCAUCGAGGAGGGGGAGCGCAGCCUGCUGGCCAGUGGGCGCCGCGCGUCCCUGUCGCCCCAGGCCGUCCUCUCGCCCUCGCACUGGCGCAGCGAGAACACGGAGGAGGACGGCGCCGGGUCGGAGGCGGAGAGCUCCUCGGGCGGCGGCGGGGGGUUCAGCACGCCCGUGGCGCGCCGCCUCGGCACUGGGUUCGGGCCUCUGUCCCCUCGGGCCUCCCUGCAGGCCCAGGCCUCGUGA